ACAACAGGCACUCCUAGUUAGGCCAAGUUCAGUCCCUGCUGCUGAUCUGGACUAAAAACGUUAUGGGCAGUGACAGCGGAGAAUGUUGUCAGAGACUGCUGUAGACUCACAGAGGCCUCCACGUUCCGGAUUUUGAGCAGCUUCUGCUGUUCCAGAUUGGAUCAGUCUUCAAAGAGAAGGUGAUGGCAUUUUAUCCUCUGCAAACUGCUGGGCUGGUUCUUGGGUUUUUCGGCAUAGUUGGGACUCUUGCCACCACCCUUCUGCCCCAGUGGAGAGUAUCAGCUUUCAUCGGCAGCAACAUUAUUGUCUUUGAAAGGCUCUGGGAAGGGCUCUGGAUGAACUGCAUCCAACAAGGCAAGGCAAGGUUGCAGUGCAAGUUCUAUGGUUCUUUGCUGGCUCUCCCACCUGUUCUAGAAACAGCCCGGGCCCUCAUGUGUGUGGCUGUUGCCCUCUCCCUGAUUGCUCUGCUUAUUGGCGUCUGUGGCAUGAAGCAGAUCCAGUGUACAGGCUCCAAUGAGAGGGCCAAAGCGUACCUGCUGGGGACUUCUGGAGUCCUCUUCAUCCUGACGGGCAUCUUGGUUCUGAUUCCUGUGUCCUGGACAGCCAACAUCAUUAUCAGGGAUUUCUACAACCCAAACAUCCACGUAGGGCAGAAACGAGAGCUGGGAGCAGCACUUUUCCUCGGCUGGGUGAGCGCUGCUGUCCUCUUCAUUGGAGGGGGUCUGCUCUGUGGGUUCUGCUUUUGCAACAGAAAGAAGCAAAGGCAUGGAUAUCCAGCCCCUGGACGCUGUGUGCCACACACAGAUAAGCAAAGGAAUAUGACAGUGCUUAGCAAGACCUCCACCAGCUAUGUCUAAUACUGGCUUGUGGCUCAAACUCUGGGUUAUGAUCAGUGUGCUUUAUAGAGUCCUGCCAGAGACUGUAAGUACGUCAAACAUGAGAACUUGCUUUAUGACUGCAUUUAAACUGAGAUGGAAAGUAUAAAGAGCAUAUAGGUUACAGUUUGGCACCUGCGGUAGAAAUAGAACUGACUUAACUUUGGACAUUCUGAUCCCAUGUGUAUUACAUGCAUGCAUUAUUAUUGAACUGAUAGAAUCCCAGUUCUCAUUUGUGUAGUUUAAAAUCAAGAAUAUCCACAGUCCUUCGUAUAAUGCCUGACUACUCUUUUUUAACAAUCUAUACUAUUUACUAAGAAAUCCAAAUUGCAAUUGCUAAUCCAUACCAAUAAAACAUAUCU